UGCGACUCCACCUCAUUUGUAAUGACAAGGCAAAGAAACGUGGUUUGCUUUUCUUAUCCAUUGGCAGAUGCCCUCCUCUCAAUUAGACGGGCAAAGGCCAUAGAAACAUUUCUCUCUUGUCACAGUAAUGAAAAUGGCAACAAUGUGAAUACCGAUAAUAGCAUCAGUACAUCGCCACCUGUCCGGCCAAGAAUCACUCCACCAGAGACUGUAGAAAUACGGUUCAAAAGGGGUUCUAAAAAAAGGAGAAAGCAACAGCAAAAAGAGCAAGAGCAACAACAGCUGGAUAAAAUGGCUCGAAAGGAUUGGGAUUCAAUGAGCCUCGCAGAGAAGGCCAUAGAGUUGUACGUGGGUGAGAAGGGUUUGCUCUUCUGGCUCAACAAGUUUGCGUAUGCCUCGAUUUUCAUAGUAAUUGGGGGUUGGAUAGUGUUCCGAUUCGUGGGGCCUGCACUCAACCUGUACCAGCUCGACACUCCUCCCCUCUCUCCUAAUUCCAUCUUGAAGGGAUCUUGA